ACUCCGGAAAGAAGAACCAUAUGCAAAGCUUUGUGUUAGGCGUUGAAAGCAGGCCUCUGGCUCGGCCUGGACGCGACGGUAACCCGCGGCGAAAUCCGUCGUAUCCGUCGUUUGAUUAGCUCUUUGUAAACGUCUAAUCUAACUGAAAAGAACGCUACGUUGUUUAUGUGGUUUGGAGCCGUUUCGCGGAGAUAUGUGCCGAAAAGUAGCGGGCCAGAUUAAAAAUGGCGGCCGCGCUUCAGAACGCGAAUUCCCAGCAUGCAUUGUUUAGGGAGAAGCAGGAAUCAUACCCUCUGGCCUCACUGCAGGAAGGCGUGAGCUCUCUUCCUGGGCAUCUGAGAACGUGUGUGCAUGUGUCUCACUGCUUUGUCAUUUUCUGUUGCAGUACAAUACUCAAAAUUCCAUCAAAUGUGUUUGUAUUCACUGUUUCUUUUCUUAUGUUGUUAUUGGAAAUGAUUAGGAUGGGCUUGGUGGUGAGGAACAUACCUCCAUUUCUUCCUGAAGUCUGUUCCUCAGAGCUCCUCGAGAUGCUGACAGCAAGUCACAUUCUGAGCCAGAAACGGAGCCUGCAUCUGGAAAGCGGUCUGCAGGAAUUACACCCUCUGGCCUCACUGCAGGAAGGCGUGAGCUCUCUUCCUGGGCAUCUGAGAACGUGUGUGCAUGUGUCUCACUGCUUUGUCAUUUUCUGUUGCAGUACAAUACUCAAAAUUCCAUCAAAUGUGUUUGUAUUCACUGUUUCUUUUCUUAUGUUGUUAUUGGAAAUGAUUAGGAUGGGCUUGGUGGUGAGGAACAUACCUCCACUUCUUCCUGAAGUGUGUUCCUCAGAGCUCCUCGAGAUGCUGACAGCAAGUCACAUUCUGAGCCAGAAACGGAGCCUGCAUCUGGAAAGCGGUCUGGAUGCAGAGUGGCUGAGCACCAGUGACAGAGUGGGUGACAGAGCAGUGGCCCGCAUAAAAAGGGAUAUGCAAACUGAUGACUGCCAACUGACAUUAAUUUACAUUUAA